CUCCCUUUGUUAAUGGAUACAAAUGCACCACACGUCUCACUUUAACACCAGCAAAGAGAAUGAUGAUUUAGAGAAAAAAAAAAAUCUUGGUUGAAUUAAACGUGAGUUAGCUUCAAUUCAACUCUGAAAUGUGUAUCAGAUUGGAAUCUGCAUCUAACUCCUUUUAUUACUUCAAAUUGUCUUUCUCCUUAACGUCUGUGCUGUUUCAUGCUUCCCUUAUAUCCUUAACUUCUGUGCUAUUUCAUAGUUCCUUUAUAUCUUGCCAUGGGCAAGAGAGCCUGAGAUUAGGAUAUUCCUCCCCCUCACCCGAAAGUAACCAGACUGUCCUCAACUCUACCGAUGGCACAUUUUCUGCUGGUUUUCAUGCUGUUGACAUCAACGCCUAUGGUUUUGCUAUAUGGUAUUCUAAUACACCUGAAUCACCUACGCUUGUGUGGAUGGCCAACAGAGAUCAACCCCUUAACGGAAAGAAUUCUCGACUCCAUCUGCAGAAAGACGGGGACUUGGUCCUAUUCAACGCAGAUGGAACGGUCACAUGGAGGACUGGCACCAUUGGUCUCCGUGUCAAGGAAGUUGCUCUUCUUGAUACAGGAAAUCUUGUCCUGCGCACCUCUUCUGGAAAAAUAGUUUGGCAAAGCUUUGAUUCUCCUACCGAUACGCUUCUUCCAGGCCAGCAAUUCUUGAACAAUGCACUGCUGAUCUCCAGAAUGGAUAAUGUCACCUACAAAUCUGGCUACCAUCGUUUCUACUUCAAUGAUGAGAACUAUCUCACCCUCAUUUAUCGAGGUUCCAAUCUCUCUAGUAAGUAUUGGCCUAAACCUUGGUUGACUCCAUUUGAUAAUGAUAGAACCACUUAUAACAUUAGUCGCACAGCAGUUCUUGAUGAAUUGGGUGGGUUCAGAGCUAGCGACCAGUUCAGUUUUAAUGCCUCUGAUUAUGGAAUUGGCCCCAAAAGAAGAUUGACCAUGGAUUUUGAUGGUAACCUGAGAUUAUAUAGCCUGGACGAGAAGCAUAACAGCUGGAAUAUUACCUGGACAGCAGUUGCAGAGCAGUGCAGAGUACAUGGCUUAUGUGGACUCAAUGGUGUGUGCAUAUAUACACCAGAGCCCAAGUGUGUUUGUCCCCCAGGUUAUGAAAGGACAGAUUCAGCUGAUUGGUUCAAAGGUUGCCGGCCGAUUCAGAAGUUCUAUUGCAACCCAAAUAGUUUUAAGCUGCUGAAGCUUCCGUACACAGAUUUUUAUGGGUUGGACAGUCGUGAGUAUACAUAUGCAGUGUCGUUUGAAAAGUGCAGGGAAAUUUGUAUAAAUGAUUGUGAUUGUGUGGCCUUUGGUUUCAGAUUUACUGGGACAGGACAAUGUUACCCCAAGUCUCUACUUAUCAGUGGGUAUCAGUCUCCUGGGGUUAAAAACGACAUGUAUCUGAAAAUAUCUGUGAAGGAUUCCUCAGUUACCAACGUCUCAUCUCUGUCGAUGUUGAUUCAGCCCGACUCACUGCAAUGUUCGCGAUCUCAAGCACUGGCCCCCGCUGUCCAGCCAAACGUCAGCUUGCCCACGGCUGCAAAGAAGAGGAAGCAAAAUCAGGUAAUUGUUCCCAUGGCAACUUUUGUUUCUGCUAUUGGGAUCGUAGAGAUUGUUUGCAUAGCUCUGGGAUGGUGGUUUAUCUUCAGAAACUCUGACGAUGCCAAGCUCUAUAGUCGUCAAGGCUACUUUGCUGUUCCCACAGUGCUUAAGAAAUUUACAUUUGCUGAACUGAAAGAAGCCACUCAUAAUUUCAAAGACAUCGUGGGAAAAGGAGGGUUUGGGACUGUGUACAAAGGCUGCCUUCUCCCUGAGAAUACAUUCGUGGCCGUGAAGCGACUGGAAGGAGUGUCUCGAGGCGAAGAUGAAUUCUGGGCAGAGGUUAGUAUGAUUAGCAGAGUAAAUCACAUUAAUUUGGUUCGCAUGUUUGGGUUUUGUGCAGAGGGAAAGCACAGGCUUCUGGUUUUUGAGUAUGUGGAGAAUGGGUCUCUGGAUAAGCACAUCUUCACCCAAAACAGUUCAAUGAUUUUGGACUGGAAGAAACGGCUUCAAAUUGCUGUGGGGACGGCCAAAGGGUUGGCUUAUCUGCACGAAGAAUGUCUGGAAUGGAUUCUGCACUGUGACGUGAAACCCCAGAAUAUUCUUCUGGACGAGCAGUUUGGAGCCAAAGUCUCUGACUUCGGACUGGCAAAGCUUGUAGACAGCGGUCAGGGCAGAGAUCGUGCGCUCACCUUCUCCACAAUUCGUGGGACGCGUGGGUAUUUGGCACCCGAGUGGACAAUGAAUCUUCCCAUCACAGCAAAGGCAGACGUUUACAGUUUUGGCAUUCUUCUGUUGGAACUGGUGAGCGGGCGAGAAGCUACGAAAUUCAAUGUGGGUGGGUCAUCGGUUAAUUUUGUACAAUGGGCAUGUGAGAAUGUGAAAGGAGGAGGAUGGAUGGAAACAGUUGUGGAUGCGAAGAUGGCAGUGGGAGAUGAGGAGGAGAAAGAGAUAGAAAGAGUGGUGAAGAUGGCAGUGGCAUGCGUGGAGCAGGACAGGGAUCGGAGGCCUUCCAUGAGUGAGCUUGUUGAGAUGUUAAUGGCGGAGUAAGCUGAGACAUCGGCCGGUGCAUUAAUAUCUGAUAAGUGAAAUUCAAGAGAGGAGCUCCACUCAUCUAUUGUGCCUAUAUUUUAGAAAAGUCAUUUCGUAUGCUUGCGUAUAUCUUUGUCAGUUGUGUUCAAGGGUUAUUUUAAAAAUAUUUUAAAUUAAAAAUAACGAUAAAUAUUGUUUAUAGUAAGUUAAUUUGAAAACUAUUUUGGUAUUCUUGUACGAAGAGACACUCUAUUAUGAUAUUUUGUUUGUUGAUUAUUGAUGGUAAAAUAAGGAGAUCAAUCAGAC